CAAUAACUGCUCUUCUAAGAUCUUUUCCUCUUCACCAACACAUGACCUCCUUCAACUAUGGUGAUGACUACAUUGGCACUGAGAGCUGCAACAUUGACCUCCACGACGACGUUGUCCUCCACCACUGCGACCUAUCCACUGUUGUGGCCUCCAAGAGCACUGCCAAGAGAAAGGAAAAGAGAGAGUUGCCGCCCCCUAUACCCCACAUGGAAUUCGUGUUGAGGAGACACUACACCGCCGAUGGAAGAUUGAUCUUAAAAGAAGAAAAGCUCAAGAAUCACGAGUGCUUCACAAUGCACAGAGCCAAUGGUCGUCUCACCAUGCAUCUUGUUGCCCUCUAUCAGGAAGAAGAAAAAGAAGAUGAUGAUGAUGAUGAUGAUGAUGAAGAAGAACAAGAAGACGAAGAAGCUCUUACUCCAGUUGAGAUUAGGUUAAGAAAAGAACAGGUUGAAGACCAACAUUGUAGUAUAAUAGUUCAGGGUUAA